AGUCCAUUUUAGAAAAAUUUUCAUUUGUAGAUAUAAAUAUACUUUUAACAAUGAGUAUUUAUAAUGGUUACCCAAUAACUGAUGAGUCAGAUGUUCAUAAAGAUAUCAUUCUUGAGAAGGAGAAAGACAUUGAAAGCUUUAAAGCUCCUGAACAUGAUUAUGAAAUAGAACAAGAAUCUGAACUAGAUCUGAAUUUAGAUUUACAUUUAAAGAGGGGCCUUAAGGAUAGACAUAUAUCUCUUAUUGCACUUGGAGGAAUUAUUGGACCAGGUAUUUUGGUCGGUGCUUCUCUUGCCUUGAGUGGAGGUGGACCAGCUUCUCUUAUUAUUGGAUUUGGGGUUACUGGAAUUAUUUCUUUUAUAAUGAUGCAAAGCUUGGGGGAAUUAGCUACGAGGUAUCCUACUGGAGGGACAUUUUCAACUUUGGGUAACAGAUUUGUCGAUAAAGGUUAUGGAUUAACUGUUGGAUGGUGUUAUGUGAUUAUUUGGAUUGCCGUAUUAGCCAAUGAAUACAAUACUGUGGCUGCUAUUCUACAAUUUUGGUCUGGAGACAAAGUCCCCCUAUACGGAUAUAUCUUAAUCUUUUGGUUCUUGUUCUUAGCCUUCGCCAAUUUUGGUGUAUCUGUAUGGGGAGAAGCAGAAUAUUGGCUCACUAUAUUGAAAAUCGCUGGAUUAGUCGCAUUUUAUAUUUUUUCCAUUGUUUACGUCCUGGGAGGUAUACCUGGUAGCGCAAAAUUCGGCUUCCAUUAUUUUACUAACCCAGGUGCCUUUUCCAAUGGAUUCAAAGGUGUAGCAAAUAUAUUUGUUUACUCGUCAACGUUCUUUUCUGGAGUUGAAACAGUUGCUUUGGCCUCCACAGAAUCUAGAUCACCAAUUAGUGCUGUUCCAAAGGCUAUUAGGCAAACAUUUUACCGUAUAAUAAUUAUUUAUAUGGGUAUUUCGAUAAGCUAUGGUUUAACUGUACCUUAUAAUGAUCCGAGCUUAUCUGCGGGAACGAAAACUUUAAAAAGUCCAAUUUCCAUAGCACUCCGGAGAGCAGGAUGGGAUAAUGGAGUUCACUUAGUUAAUACUUUCAUAUUACUUACUUGUAUCUCGGCCAUUAACAGCUCAAUCUAUAUUGGGUCAAGAACUAUUGUAAAUUUAGCCAAUGAAGGUGGUGCGCCAUCAUUUCUAAAGAGAGUUAACAAAAGAGGUGUUCCAUAUUUCGCAGUCAUCCUUAUGAAUUUAUUUGGAUUUUUAUCAUUAAUGAAUAUUAGUACUGGUGCGGCUGGGGCUUAUAAUUAUAUUGUUAAUAUCUCAGGUUUUGCUGUGUUCAUUGUUUGGGGAAAUAUUUGUUUCUACCAUAUCAGAUUUAGACAAGCUAUGAAGAUUCAAGGUAGAUCUUUACUGGAAUUGAAAUAUAAAGGAUGGUUAUACCCAUGGUUGCCGAUUGCAGGAAUUGUUUUAAAUGUAUUCCUUGGCUUAAUUCAGGGUUGGUCAUAUUUCAAGCCAUUCGAUUGGAGAAAUUUUAUUGAUUCUUAUGUUUUAAUUCCAUUCUUCUUCAUUAGUUACUUAUUCUUCAAAUUAAUCCACAAAAGUAAAUGGGUGGAUUUAUCACAAGUUGAUUUGGAUGAAGGCAGAAGAAGAGAAGAUUUUGAUAAAGAAUAAUCGUUUUUUUUUUUUUCGUAUGUUUUAUUAAUGGCUUAAACUUACUCUACUAACAUCACUUGAGCACUUGGUUUGUGAAAUAAUUUAGUAUAUAACUGUAGCAGGGUGAUUAUUAUAAUUGUAAUGAAGCUGUUAUAAUUCAGUUGCGCGGGAAUAAUAGCUACAGGUUACAAAAACGCAAAUAAAGAAAACGAAUACAGUCAGUCAAAUUGUUGAAUUGCUAGUAAAUUCUCAAUACACAACAAAGAUUAGAAUUUGCUCAACAACAACAACAAUAUCGUUUUCCCGGGAAAUAAACGGGUUUUAUAGUAUCAUUAUAACCAUAAUUAAAGUUGUAU